AUGCUCCCCCUCGUGGAGGUGGAGGAAUUGCACAGAGUCAAGGCGGAGACCGGGAGCUCGCAAGACCUCGCGGCCGCGAUCCAGCUCCUGAAGGAACAGCGGGAGGCCAGGGCGCUGUACGCGGAGGUGCGCGUGCUGUGCUGGGUCCCCGUGGCGCCGGCUGACCACAACAAGACCGCGGUUCACGUCAGGGCCACGUGGGGGAGGCGCUGCAACAAGCUGCUCUUCAUAAGCACCAAGGACGUCACGCGUUGGGAUAUAGGAUUUCCGGCGAAUUGGAUUUCGAAGCGAUGCUCGUGUGGGGUCCCUAAUGCACCAAUGAUGCCAGCCUUUGCAACAGUUAUAGAAAAAAUCCAGUUUGGUGGUUGGCUUAUCUCAAAAUUGGCCUUUUUGGAUACUGACCCGUCUCGCGCUCGCGCCGUCAACGUGGGGAGCGAGGAGGGCUUCAAGGCGCUCUGGAACAAGACCCGGUCGGCGCUCCAGUACCUGUACUUGCACUUUCUCAGUGACUACGAGUGGUUCCUGAAAGCCGACGAUAAUACGUACGUUGUGCUGGAGAAUCUACGUUAUAUGCUACGGGCUUAUGACACGAACGACCCGGUGUACUUUGGGCAUCACUAUAGAUCGAAGGGGGGAUACAAUUCGGGAGGCGCUGGAUAUGUCUUAGGCCGAGAAACCCUUCGUAGGUUUGUCGAAAAGGCAUUACAUAACGAAGCCAUUUGCGGAUCACGGAGAUUCGGGGAGGAUUUUCAACUAGGCCGGUGUCUUAGGGGAGUCGGCGUUGCUAUCGUCGACACCCGCGACCACCGCCAGGAAGGACGGUUCUUUCAGCAACAUGUCAGGGAAAUCUUGCGGAAUCCUGAUAUUCACUCACACAUCGUUUACUAUCCGGUCAAAAAGGAUGGCAAGCCAGACAGCUGCUGUUCCGACACUGUCAUCUCUUUCCACCAGAUGUCAGUCGCCGACCUUUAUAUGCUAGAUUACCUCAUCUACAAAGUCCGGGUCUUCGGGCACAUCCCUCCCCUGCCUUUAAAGGUCCCUCUACCGCCUGACCUUACAGGUGUCCCAAACAAGACGCUUCAAAAGUAUCUUCUCUUCGAGGUGAUGGUGAGACCACGCCGCAGAGAUUGCAAUGCCUAUAAUGGCCAUAGUUCUCCCCUUAGAUUACUUGACUUCAGAGACGAGCGGUACGCGGAAACAAUUUGGCUCACACUGGUAGUCAUUGGACACUUCUACUACCGACACGUAGCCACUGAGUGA